GUGUUUGGAGAGGAAUGGUCGUUUGUUUGGGUACUGCGAGCACAGGUCAGGCGUGUUCAGCUGCCGCCCGAAAUCCAAUCCAACCCUCCUAGGUUCUCGUCCAUCCCGCCUUUCUUUCAGGUGUUUGGAGAGGAGUGGUCGUUCGGAUACUGCGAGCGCGGCUCAGGCGUGUUCAGCUGCCGCCCGAAAUCCAACCCCUACUACACUUAUCGAGAAACAGUGGACAUGGGGGAAACGAAGCUGAGUGCGAAACGAGCGGGGCAGAUCAUAGCUGAGAUGAGCGUGCAGUGGCCUGGGGUGUCGUACGACAUGCUCGGGCGAAACUGUAACCACUUCUGCGAUGAGCUUUGUGUCAAACUGGGCGUCGGCCCCAUCCCAGCGUGGGUCAACCAGUUUGCGCGAACAGGCGAUUCUGCAGCCGAGCUUUAUGAUCAAGUGGGACAACAGGUUGCUGCUCUGCAGGAGUGGGGCAGCGGCACCUACAACUACUGGUUUGGUGCAGAAAAUUCAGCUGCCGCUGCUUCUUCUACUAAUGUUGGUGGUGCUGCUGGUGCUCCUGCUGCUGGUGCGGAAGCAGCUCCUGAAACUUCCAGGAAGGUGACCAGGGAUGACGUGGCCAAAGCAGCAGAGAGCCUCGUGAAGCAAGCUGUCAAAGUGGCAAUCUUCUGGGCAGCUGCCACUCCCCCAAAGGCAGCAGAAGCCGCCCCGCUCCUCUCGGAUUUCCACGACUCCUUUGUGGCCUCCACGCUGCUGCUGCACGCCUGCAGUGCUGGCGCUGCUGCCACGUGGCAUGCUGCCAUUCGCUCGGCUGCUGAAGGCGUGGUGUCAGCCGCUACUGCUCUGCUGGACACUGCUUUGACCACGUCAAAUGCCACUCAGCGAGCUCAACUGCUCCACAGGCAGGUGGGCGUGUUACAGUCAGAAUACGCACUGAAGAAGCUUCCAGUGAGCAACGAGGCGGCUGUGGGUCGGGCGCUGGUGACCGUUGCUGCGUCAAUGAAAGACGUUGCCAGGGAGGUGGGAGAGAUGGUUGGAAGAGAAGGGGUUGAGAACGGUGCUGUGGGAGAGGAGAAAAGCGAGGAUAAAGGGGGUGUGGAAGAGGAGGGAAGAGCUGUGGAAGGCGGAGGGGUUCCAGAAAGACCCGGGGAAAAGGACAGUAAAGAGGAGGAGAAUUUGUCCAGUAAUGACAAGGGGGAGGAGGAGGACGGUGAUGGUGGUGAUGGUGGUGAUGGUGAUGAUGAUGAUGAGGAUGAAGAGGAGGUGAGUCUGGGAGAGGAGGAGAGGGAGUUGGCACAGAGUGGUUUGCUAGUGUGUGUGGCAGCAGAAGGAGUGAUUCGGUCGAGUGAAGACGUGGACGAGAUUGGUGCGUCUCUCUUCCCGCCCCAAGAGCCCGGCACCAUCCGCAUGCGAGCACAGCAGCUGCUAGGUCGAGCGAAAGAACUGAAAUCACUGCUGCCGCUGACAUCAGCAGCAGAAUCAUCGGGGAAAAACGAAGCAGCGGAUUCAGGGUGUGCCAGUGUUGCUCCCACUGAUGCUGCUGGUGAAGGGAAUGGAGGAGAGGCUGGGAAAAAGGGUGUGGGGAAAGGGGGGAUGAGCGUGAGUAAGUUGCAUGAGGUGAUUGGGGAGAUGGAGAGGGAUAUAGAUACAUUGUUGCAAGUGGUGGGAGAGGGGAGUAGUGAGAGGGAGGUGGUGAAGGAAGAGGGAGCACAGGGGAUAAGGGAAGGGGAGAAGGAUGAGAAGGUUAUUGAUGUAACUGCUACAAUAGAGAAAUGUAGUUUGGAUGGUUAA